GCUGCCACCCUUUUUGUCCGUGCCUCUGGUGAUGCGGCAUUCUAGUUGUUUGGAUUCGAUGGUGCUCCUGCAUUAAUUGUUUUUCAGAUUCUUUUGUGUGCCGGUUGUUGGUAGAAAACCGAAGCCUAGAAGUUCAGUCUGCUCUGUUUUGGCGCCCCCAGACUUUCCAGAGGCCAGGAUUCCGGAAUGCAGGAUUGAGAAAAAGAAUUCACUAGACUAGAUGAAACAACCCCUUAAAUUGUUUUAAAUAGAUCAUUGCUAAACUCUUGCCCAAAUGGGACUGAAUAGUGCAGAUUUUUAUAGUGGUUUGGGCGUAUAUCGCUUGAGGAGUGGUAAUUUAAUUCUUAUUGUUCCGCAGAGUAGUAAGCACCGAAGUGAAGUUUGAGACAACUAAGUUGCAAUAAAUGUGAUGUGGCAUUUUCGAUUGCUCAAAGACAUGGUAUAGUGCAUUUUCGUAUUUAGGGAACUAAUAUGUGAAAGUAAUGCCAUGGAAUCGUUCAGGCUUCAUUUAGUGGGAUUUUGUUUUUGGCCGUGGUCAUGCCAUGCCCAAGACCACUCCAAAAGGCAGUUACUAUGGAAAUUACUGCCAUCACAGUUCACUGCUGAGGGACCUCAGUCCUUCCAUAAAUUUAGAAAUUUGACACUAGAAAUGAAAACAGCAGAGGAAGAAAUUGAGGUUUGCAUAUAUCUAUCGGUUAGUUUUAAUCCAACUUCCAAUGUAGAUUUAUUUUUUCUUGAAACUAUUACUUCAAACCUCAAAGGGUGUGAAGCUGUGAAAAAACAUGGUUUUACUCUUUUCCAUAGAAAAAUUGAAUAAAUAUAAUAUCGAGGUUCUGAUGUAUUGCAUCAUCGUAUCUCUUGUCCAUGAGAACUUUUAUGUGCACCAGUCCAAGUCAACUUGCACUCCAAAUGAGGCGAUUGCACACUUGUUAAGUUUCUUGUCUUUUUCUAAAUUAAUAACAUCUAUGGUGCCUAUAUAAUCCUGGGAAUCCAUGUCUAACUCUGAAUCUAUGAUAGUGCAUCCUUAGCAAACACCAGGAUUUCUCUUUGCUUCCCAUGGUGGAACACCACCCUGUGAUGGGAAACCUUUCAGUUCUGCUUCUGGAUGAUAACCCAACUUCCUUGUGGAUCAUUUCAAAUAUGCUUGUGGAGUCUGGUUUCAAAGUUAUCCCCUUCCAAAAAGUGGAUAUGGCCCUGGAUUUUGUUAAAAGCAGGGCUGCUAUCGAGGAGGAGCUUGAUUUGGUAUUGGCGGAAGUUCAUCUUCGCAAUAUAGCACCAGGUUCUUUGGCAAACUCUGAGCUGCUCCACCACAUACUAAAUGAACUUCAAGUCCCUGUUAUCACAAUGUGCGCUCAUCACGAUGAGGCGGCACUCUCCGAACAUGUGGCCCUGGGAGCAUGUUCCCAUGUGCUCAAGCCAUUGGACACAGCAAGCUUGAACACGCUGAAGCAGAAAGCAUUAGAACACAAGUCUAAAAAGGCAACACCUCAAGGGCCAAUCCCUAAUAGGACCAAAAGUAGAAUGGUUUCAUCAUCUACUGAAAGGCUCCAGGAAAUGCUUAUCCUAGAGGGAAACAAUUUAUCCAAUCCUGGAAACAGUGAAUUUGAAGUGCCAGAAGUUGAAAAGGCACAUGGUUGUUCAAAGAAGCUGGGUCGAGUUACAUGGACUGUUGAGCUCCAUGAAAAGUUCUUGGAUGCUAUCGAAGUUCUUGGUGACAAGUAUGCCACACCUGAGAGGAUUCGGAGGCUCAUGAAUGUGAAAGGUUUGACCUGGAAGCAUAUAGGUAGCCAUCUCCAGAAACAUCGGUUGCGCAAACAGAAUGCAAAGCAAGGAGGGCAGCACCAGAGGAAUGCCAGCACAAAACUAGUGUCUGAGCUGAUAGGAUCAGGACAAACUGCAGCCACUACUGAAUCCAUCACACCCCGAGUUGACGCAGACAUCAGGGAGGCGUACCCCUCAAGGAUGUGGAAACAGGUGAAGGAAGAAGCAGCUUUGAAGACUUACAUGUACACACGCACAUCUGGAAUUUCCAGAGAUGGCACAAAGUCUGUGUGGGAUGAGUACCAGAAGGGCCUGCAGAAAGAGUUUUCUGCAUCAAACAAACGUUGGCAACAGAUAGGGCUGUCAUUGAGCAAGUGUCAGUUGCCUGUGAAGAACAAUGUUGUUGUCAUAGAUGGAGGGGUUUCAAGUGAAGCCCCCAAAGCUGCUGGUGAAAUAGGUUACGGUGCAUCUGUAGAAAUCUCUGGUUCAAGCAGCCUGUCAACAAGUUUGUUGAUCAAGUUGGAGAUAACAAUCAUACUGAAGCUGCUGGCAAAUACGACAAUGUGGGAAACAUUAAUCUGCUUGAAGGUACCAUGAACAAGGUUGCUUCUGACCUUUUGGCGUUCCUACUGAGCGAUGAUCUGGACCUGAUAGGCCCUUCUGAUGGCUUGGAAGAACAGGUCUCAUACUUGAUGAGCCAGCUGGAAGGAUCGCUAGAGCAGCAAAACCUUGGCCUGGAGGAUCCUCUGCAGGUAGACAAUGCGUUGAAUAAAGAUCUUGCAUUGCCAAGCCUUAUCAACAUAGGUGGAUCGAUGGCUCAAGAAGUUUACCUUUCAGAAUGUCCCAGUUGAUAACGCUGUGAUGCCGAUUGCCCAAGCCAAUGGAUCCUCGCAAGACCAGCAAAACCUUGGCCUGGAGGAUCCGCUGCAGGUAGACAAUGCGUGGAAUAAAGGUCUUGAAUCGCCAAGCCCAAGCUUGAUUAACAUAGAUGGAUCGAUGGCUCAAGAAGCCACCGUUCAGAAUGCUCCAGUCCAUAACCCUGUGAUGCCGAUUGCCAAAGAUGAUGGUUUCUGGAGUUGGAGCCCUCUGGCGGGUGACAUCGACAUGCCAUUCUGAAUCAGGAUGAGCAAGUGAUGGUAUCAUGGUAACAAUUACAUCGAUGUUUAGAAAUAAGAGCCCUGACAAAAACAGUUAAUUUCGAUCGGGGAGAAAUUAUGCUGUAAUAGUAGGUAUUGCGCUCAAGGAGAGUACAUGUCGUGUGUGUCGUAUGAAAUGCUUUGAGAUAAGUGACCAUCGGAGAACUUAAUCAAUCAUUAUACUG